CCGCGAUAUCCAUCCCGCGGUCCCAGCUUUCGCCUCGUCAAAAAAAUUUUUUACCCUCGGCGCAAAGAAUCCUCUCCCGCGCGCGUUCUUCUUCCCUCCCGCAGACCAAACCCUCCCGCGCGCGUUCUUCUUCCUCCUCGACACCAGGACUGAAGCCUCUGCGAGCGUUCUUCUUCCUCGACACAAGGACCGAUCGCGCACGUUCUUCUUCCUCAGUGCGAGCGUUCCUCUUCCUAGACACCAGGACCGAACCCUUCCGAUCUUCUUCUUUCGUUCUUCUUCCUCCUAGACACCAGGACCAAAUCCUGUGGGCAAGCAUAAAAUUCAAAGAAGUUAAUCAACAGAAACGAAGGGAAAAAGACCUCCUUGAUCCUCUGCAAAAAAUCCGCCUAGGUUUUCUGCCUUGAAGCGAGACAACAACCCCAUACCCGUCUUAAAGAAUCAAGAAAUGAGAGGCAAAAGAGACAAAUCAGGAGGCCUUGGCCGAGCCCUUGUUCGGAUGCACAACCAGAUGGUGAAACAAUCGAAGGAAAAGAGCCACUCUCUUCAUCUUCAUUUAGAUGGGAGCAGAGUGACAACCGAGGAGAGGAGGCGGCUUCAGAAAGAGGAAGAGGCAUUGUACGCUAGUAGUCUCCGAGUGCCCCGAAGGCCACCUUGGAAUUCUAGGAUGUCUGCGGAAGAACUUGAUGUUAAAGAAAGGCAGGCUUUUUUAGUUUGGAGAAGAAGUUUGGCAAGAUUUACAUACAAAUAUUGGAGAUUGGAUUGACCCACAAAUGUAACAGGUUACACUACAUGUGUUCCAUUUAUGUGGCUUCUCAGCUCCUAAAUUGUUCCAUUUAUGUGGCUGGAGAAUCACAUAUUGGAGAUUGCUUUCUCUUUGCUAGAAAUUAAGAUUCAUAAUCAUGGAUUUCAACGAGCUUGUGAUAGACCAGCUGUGUUGGACGUAUUGCUGCUGGUUUUGUCUAAGAGAUGCGUCUUUUGGCAGAUAAAAUGAAGAGAAAUUUCUAGAUUUGAAAUUAUUCUUCCAAAUCGUGAUUUUGAUAAAUUUGAUUUUUUUUUGGUCCAGUAUUAUCUUUUCUGAUGAUCUUACAAUGGGGAUUUAUGUUAUGAGCUAUUCCCCUCAGCUGCUGAAACUUUUGCAGCCUGAACUGGGGCUGUAACUUAUGGGGAUUUAUGUAAUGAGUCAUUCCCUUCAACUGAUACUUACUGUAUCUUUCAAAAACUUGAGACAUCUUCGAUACGAGUUGCAAAUAUAUCCUUCUUACUCAUUACAUGCAUGCCAUCAGCUCUUGCUAUUGUUUAUUCAUCAACCCAGCCCUUUAUUCUGUUAAUUUUGAUAUUUAUAUGGGAAUUUGAGAAGGGAAGCAGAUUGUGUUGCUUUAUACCUUCAGGUCUAACCUUGUUCCAUUUAUAAAUGAACUCUCUUUUGUUUAACACAUAAAUUACAUAAAUCUUGCAUACUGCAUCCCUUUAUAAAUAAAAAGAAAGAUUUACAUACAUAUAGCCCUCAAAUUGACCAAUAUGCUUGUUAUUGCAGGUUUUUGAGGGCCUGAACUUGCAUAACUGCUCAAAUUGUGUUGAGCAGUUAUUGUGGUAAUUGCUCUUCCACGAUCUUUUGAAUGUAUCAAUUCCGUGUUCUCCCAUUUUAUCGGAAAGCUUUCAUCUGAUCCAAGAGAAGGAAGCGAGACUUAAAUGAGAAGGAUUUACACAUAUAUACCAAAUAAUUCUUAUGCAUUUACAUUCAGAACAACAUACAUUAUGAGGCAUUAUCUAAUUGUUAAAUUGAUAAUUAUGCGGAUUUACACAUAUAUACCAAAUAAUUCUCAUGCAUUUAC